UAGCAGAGCACAACGUGGAAGAGUGAUGCCACUUGGCAAAAAAGAAACUUCCAACGGCAGCUCCAGGGAUCGAAAUGGCAUUUUUGUUGUCACCCAGCACAACAUGCCUUGGAGAGGAGAGGACAGUUGGCCAUGGGAUCGUCCGCCGAAGAAACGAGUAACGAGUCAGAAGGACCAAUAAGUCCCAUCAGCGACGAUGACACAACCAUUAGUCAACCUGAGCCAGAGCUAGACAAGGUCGUCGACGGCGACGAGAGUCAGAGCAAAACACCACACGAGAGACGACGAAAGUCAAAAGCCUUGAUAUUUGCUCGAAACUGCAUUGUCAUUUUGGCACUCUUUGCACUAUUAUCAUUUGGCACAUCGACCUUCUCAAAAGCCAAUGUUGUGCCGCCAUCAGAACAGGUCGUGAAACUGGGGGAUGCCAUGCAGCACAAAAUGAAAGAAGCUUUCGAGUUUUUUGGAGAGUCAGUCUCUUUCAAGGAUAUUGAAGAACUUGAAGAGCCAUGGCAUCUCUCUCAAAAAGUCAGUAGACCCCAAACCAAAAAAGACAGUAGACCCCGAACCAAACAAGACAAGGGAAGACGAAAACGACCUCACAGAAAGAUAAAACCACGCCACCCUGAGAUUGGCUUGUCAGGCGACAAUGAGCGACGGCUCCAAGGCAUGAUGGGAGGCAUGAUGGGUGGCCGUAGUGGCAGCUUUGACCAUAGUGGCAGCUUCAGAAGCGGAUUUUUCCGUUAUCGUACUUUCAAUCCCACUCCCACUCCUUCUGCAAGUCCUUCUGCAUCUCCCGUUGGAUCACCAUCUGCAUCUCCCUCGAGACUACCAUCUGUCUCCCCAUCAACAACACCAUCUAAGCAACCGUCGGCAUCGCCUACUACAUCCAAAGCACCAUCCCGCUCACCAUCCUCAUCUCCAUCCGAGUCGCCAUCUGUAUCAAAGAAUCCUUCUGGGCAACCAUCUUUAUCUCUGUCACCAUCUGUAUCGUCACGGCCUUCUAGAGUUCCAUCAUCAACGCCAUCCAUUUCGCCCACACUUUCAAAAGCCCCCUCUGCGUCUCCCUCAAGAACACCGUCCAAGGCUCCGUCUUCCCCUCCCUCAAUCCGACCGUCCCAAUCGCCCUCCUUUGCGUUACGCACCUUUCCUCCCACGGUAGCUCCAACAGACGGACCACGGACGCCCCGUCCUACCUUUGGGACUGGGGGAUCUAGAUCUAGGUCCCGGAUGGGGAUGGGGAUGAUGAGAGGAAGGUCCUUCAGUAGUAUUGACCAGCAGCAGUUUAAUGCGGAACUACAAGACCUUAUUGCAUUCCUCCCACCAGACUUCCUGGCUCUCUUUGGAAACAACUGAAGGUAACCUGUUGCUCUUGCCGGAAAUGGAACAUGGAAAAGCAGCUACAUAGGGGAUAUUGGUUCCUUUCCCACUCUUCCCUCAAUGAACGAAGGGAGCCUAAGCCAAGCACAGUGUGAACGCAGCCAAUGGGGGCUUGAUGAGCUUCUGCUGGGACAAUAUACCCUUCAAAUUUGCUUGUUGGCGCGAAGCUGUCUGGACGAGCUGCAUCCAGCCAUCAGAGGAGAUCUGGCAGGCAAGGGCUCAGCCUGCAGGAAGAAACGCAGGGACUAUAGCUAGGGUUCAAUGGGUUGCAAGCAUCAACCCAAGAGGCAUCACCAGAUAACUAUUCGCACUUCACCAGUUCCACUUUGUAAAUAGACUACCGUGGAGGACCAUUCUAAAAACAGUAGCUUCUGGAUAAUUAACUGUAAUAAAUAGGGGAUCAAAGAGCCGUC